CAAGAAAGUAAAUGGUGACGUCACCAUACCUUUGACUCUUUCUCUCUCCCCUUUAAACUCACCCAACCUUCCUGUUGCUCCACCUCCUCCACCUUCUUGCUUCUCUUUCUCUCUUUCACUAUCUUCUUUCUCUUACUUUCUCAACUGAUUUUCUCUCUUACCAAACAAAACAAUGGUGAGGGAUGAUUUGUACAUAACUGUACCUAGCUUUUUCCGCUGCCCGAUAUCGCUGGACGUGAUGAAAUCCCCCGUUAGUCUGUGCACCGGAGUCACCUACGACCGCACUAGCAUACAACGGUGGCUCGACAACGGCAAUAACACUUGCCCUGCAACCAUGCAGGUACUUCAGAGCAAGGAGUUGGUUCCCAACCGCACCCUGCAACGCCUCAUCCGGAUCUGGUCCGACUCUGUGCAGAACCACUGUAGCCACCGAGUCGACUCAGCAACUAACUCAGUUCCCUCACAGGAUGAAAUCAAGUGCAUAGUUAAAGACAUUGAAACGAAAAAAGAACCAGAUCACUGUUGUUUCGAUGCUUUAUCGAAAAUUCUGUGUUUCGCCGAAGAAUCGCUAGAGAAUCGGGAAUUUUUAGCAAAAAUGGCCGGAUUCGUGCCAAUGCUUGUUGAUUUACUUGCCGAUAAUAAAAGCAUUGACUUCAUCGAGCAAGUAAUUAGCGUUUUAGAUUUGAUCGUAAUCACAAUUGAAGAUUAUAAGCAGUUAAUGACAUUGCCAUUGAAGAACAAGCAUGUCGAUUUCUUGUCCUCUAUCCUUCUCGUUUUUCAACGAGGAAGAAGAGUACACUCCAGAAUUGGAUCGGUGAGAAUUCUAGAAUUAAUCGCCAUGGAUGCUGAAUCGAAUUUGUCGAUCGCCGAAAAGGAUGAAUUAUUAUCCGAAUUGGUAAAAUCAAUAGGUCCAGAAAACGAUCCGACAUUGAUCGACGCGAGCUUGUCAUGUUUAAUCGCGAUUUCAAAGGCAAAACGCGUCAAAGUAAAGCUAGUUCAUCUGAAAACAAUUCCAGAAUUAAAAAACAUACUAACGGCAGAGCCAAACACAGGAAUCUCAAACUUAAUCACCAAAAAGGCAUUGAAGCUGCUCGAAACGGUGUCGUCCUGCAAAGAGGGGAGAGUAGAGAUGUGCAAUGAUACGGCGUGCAUAGAAGCUGUGGUUCAGAAGGUGUUCAAAGUAUCAGCUGAGGCGACGGAGCACGCGGUGACGAUAUUGUGGAGCAUGUGUUAUUUAUUUAGGGACGGGAAAGCGAGAGAGGCGGUGACAAAUAGCAACGGGCUGACAAAAAUAUUAUUGCUUAUGCAGAGUAAUUGCUCGCCGGCGGUGAGGCAGAUGGCAGGGGAUUUAUUGAAGAUAUUCAGGGUGAAUUCAAAGUCAUGCCUUUCCAGUUAUGAUACAAAGACUACCCAUAUUAUGCCGUUUUGAUUCAAAGCAUCAUGUUGAUGGGAUAUAUGCAAAUUCUAACCUUUUUCUUUUUCUCUCUUUUUGGUGCAAGAAAUUUUGAGAGGUAGAGAAGGAGAGUGUAGAGAAACCAUAAUAUUGUAAAUCCAAAAGGAUUUUUCUUUUUUUUUAUAUAUAUAUAUUUGGUUAGUGAAUAUAAAAGAGAGAAUCAAAUUCGUUUGAUUUUGAAUAGGAAAAAUAACUUCUUUUUCUUUGUUUAUUCUGUAAACAAAAAAAAGUUCAAGGUAAUAACCAAUACGAAAUUGUAUUUU